UUGGCAAUACAUUCAGUUUCCGGGGUAGCCAUCGGAGGAAAAAAAACAAUUCAAUACAAUUCCAAAACGUGGAUAAUUAUUAAAUGUAUUGACUGUUAACGCUAGAGACAUUAAGGUACACAGAGACAGUUUUAUUCAUGUCAGGAUAAACUCUUCUCAGUGAACUUUGAAGCUUCUCGGGCUUGCUAGCCAGGCUAGCUUUGCUAGCUGCCUGCUAACAAAGAGACCCGGAAGUUAUUAACACAUGGCUAAGCAACGAUCAUGUUUCAGUGUGAAGGGUGGUGGUCGUGUGAAAACGUGUAAAAGUACAAAAGCCUGAGAGGGUUCUUGGAUCAGCGACAAACAGCAACUGUUGAAGAAAUAUUUGUCGUGUGAAAAGGAACGAUAGAGGAGCACGAGGACGGCCUUUUUGAACAAAAGAGGAGAACGGGUGAUCACGUAAACUACUGCAAGCUGUUUCCAAGAAGCCUCAAAUGGUGUUACACAGAGCAGACAUCAGUGAAGAACAUCUUCACCCUGAGCAGCUGGGGUGGAACUCCAGGAUGGAACAGGAGGAGCCACAGCCGCCAUACAUUAAAGAGGAAGAGCCACAGCCACCCCGCAUUAAAGAGGAACAGGAGGAGACCCAGUCCCCCUACAUUAAAGAGGAAGAGGAGGCUCGCAGCAUCAGUCAGGAGAGAGAGCAUUUUGAAGGACUGGAGGAGUUCCCAGUGAUUGGUGUCACUGUCAAGAGUGAAGAUGAUGAAGAUGAAAGUGAGGAGAAGGGAGAGGUGGAGCCUCCAGGCAGCAGCUCAACUCAACACAUGACAACAGAAGCUGAUGGAGACCACUGUGGAGGAUCACAAGCACACGACCUCUUAGCCCCACUAUCGGAUAGCGACGACAUCACGUCACACUCUGACACUGAUGAUGAAGACUCUGAAGCCGACAUGACGUGUCACACUGACAACACACGCUGGAAAUGUUCUCUUUGUGACAAAACGUUUGUUCACAAGAUAAAUCUGAAAAUACACAUGAGACGGCACACAGGAGAGAAACCUUUCGCCUGCUCAGUUUGCGGUAAAAGAUUCUCUCAGCAGUCCAAUUUGAAAGUACAUUCAAGAAUACACACCGGAGAGAAACCUUUUCCUUGCACGGUUUGCGGUAAAAGAUUCAAUCAAAAAGGUGAUUUAAAAACACACACAAGAAUACACACCGGAGAAAACCCCUUUUCCUGCUCAGUUUGUGGUAAAGGAUUCAUAAAGAAGACAAAUUUGAAAGUACACACAAGAAUACACACUGGAGAGAAACCCUUUUCCUGCUCAGUAUGCGGUAAAAGUUUCUCUCAGAAGAUAGCUUUGACAGUACACACAAGGACACACACUCGAGAGAAAAAGGCUUUUCUUGUUCAGCGUGUGGUCAGCGAUUCACACACAGUACAAGCUUGACUGAACGCAAACGAAUCCACAGUGGGGAGAAAGCUGGAAACUUUUUUUAAAGGACGCAUACAGCUGGAUUUCAAAGAACACAACAUGGGAACUAUGAAUAAGCAAGACAGUAUUACUCUUUAAAAAAAAAAAAAAAAAAAGAAAAUAAUGUGCAAAAGAACGACUUCUAACAUGACUAACUGAUAUUGUGAUGAAAUGUGUUUGACCCUUAAUAAAAGAAACAGACACAAGGGGUUUGUAUCAAAACGGUAUCCAAUGUAAGAAAAAAAAUCUAAAAUCAGUCAGCUAUAAUUAUAUCAUAAUAUAAUAUAACUAUAACAUGCUAGCAAAUAUACCUAGUGGGUAUUCCGUGAAAUUGGCUCAGCCAACCCACGCUUUGUGCUCAAGAUGCAGCUCUACAAAACCUAAAAUCCCCAAACAGAAUUAAACGAUACUGCAAAGGUGGUUCUCAACUUACUUUGUCAAGUCCGGUUCUCAGCUCUGUGCUCAGUCCACGUUUACAUAAAAGGGGGCAUUUGACCAAAAAUGAAGUGACCCCAGUGUAUUUUACACAAGAUGAGUCAGUAGUUGUUAUGGAGCAUUAUAAGGAGUUCAAAAAGAUUAUCAAUGCCAAAAAGCAACUAUGUCGCCACCAAUAGAGCGAGGGAGGACAACUAUCUUUUCAUUUUCUAAUAUAGUUGGGAAACAAUUAGGCACCAAAAACAAUGUGAUUUUGAUUGUUUUGGUGUCCAAAAGUAUAUUAGUGCGUGUGUGAAGGUAUAAACGAGAGGAAUUAAUUAAAUUUCUUUGUAGAAAGACACUUAAUAAAAGUAAGUACAUUUACUUGUAUUCAUUUACAGCGCAGCCUUCACACAUCCAAUAUGGCGGUGACGUUUUACUUAUCGCAGCAGUGGACAAAUCCACUCUAUGCGGCGUCUAUCUACAGGUCUAUCUAUAGUUACGCCCUCUGCAGCCCACACCUUGAAUAAGCAGCUCAGAACUUGUCGCUACAAUAUCAACAAUAUAAUGUGAAUGAAACUAAAAUUAAAUACAUAUUAUGAACCACAUUAGAAUAGCCCCGUAAUGUAACUUCAAACAAAAUUCAGUUCUUUCACCAAAAGCUGCAAAUCAACAAUGCCUGUGAGUACCGGGGCCGCCAUCUUGGAAAUACAUUCCAUUUCCGGGGUAGCAGUAGGAGAAAAACACAAUUCAAUAAAGUGGAUAGGCAUUAAAUAUAUUUAAUGUGAAUGACAGCGACAUUAAGUGACACAGAGACAGUUUUAUGUAUUUCAGGAUAAACUCAUGUCAGUGAACUUUGCAGAUUUUCAGGUUAGUUUAGCUUUGCUAGCUGCUAACAAAGAGACCCGGAAGUUAUCAAAAGAUCGCUCAGCACAGGUCAAGCGUGAGUUUAAAGUGUGGUGAUUGUGUGAAAAAAGUACAAACUUUUGUCUGUAAUAUGUUGACUUUAUUUUUCUCAAUAUACUGCAUAUUUUUCCAUUUUUGCUGUUUUCUUGCUAUAUUUGUAGAAUGUGCCGUGGGCUAAUAAAUCAUGCCGCUACCUCAAUGUUCCUCAGAGUUUUAAAUAAAUAAAUAAAUUACUCUGA